GACCGAGUGGACUUGGAGCAGUUCUGGGAGACGGCGCCCGAGGUCGCAUGGUGCCUCGAUCAGCUGUCGCCUUUGCCGCCCGAGGACAUCUUCGGCGUCGCGUCCGAGCACCCGCACGGGUGGUGCUACUUUCGGGAGCACACGGCGAAGGUGACGAGGAGUCUGCUGGACGCCCACCAGGGCCAAAACUCCGAUGCGAUUCCCAAGCAGAGGAGUACGCUGCCGGGGCUCAUUCAGGAGCGGCGUUUCUUCCUGCAGAAUGAGUUGCCCGAGUGGCUGGACAUGUCCGAGCCGCCGCGGCCUGACUUCCAUCACGACAGUGAUGAUGCCGCUUG